AUGCGGAGAAGUGCAGAUGUACAUAAUAAAUAUGAGAGCUGCACAAUCCAUCUUUCUGCAUCAACACAUCCUCCAGGAACAAUGGCCACCAACUCGCCCAAUCCCAUCCCCUUCUCCGAGCCCCCAUACCUACGCGGGCUGCCGUCUCCGUACAUCACGCCCGCCCACCGGCAGUUCCAGCAAGCAUGCCGCAAGUUCGCCUGGGAGAACCUAAUCCAGCAUGCGCUCGAGUGGGAGCGCGAGGGGACCGUUCCCGACCACGUCUUCGGCACAUUCUGCAAGCAUAACAUGCUGCUGCCCAACAUGCCGGCGCCCUUGCCCGUCGAGUGGUGCAAGAAAUUGGGGAUCAAUGACAUCCUGGGUGUCAAGGUGGAGGAUUGGGAUUAUAUCUACACAGGCAUCUAUUGCGAUGAGAUGGCCCGGUCCGGCCUCUCUGGUCCCGGUGGCUCGUUGAAUGCUGGCUUUGCUUUUGGAAUCCCGCCGAUUGUCAAGUUUGGCAGUCGCCAGCUGCAGGAACGCUUCCUUCCCGAUCUCCUGACUGGCAAAAAGCGCGGUUGUAUUGCUAUCACGGAACCGGAGGCUGGCAGUGAUGUGGCCAACAUCGUCACGACCGCGACUAAGAGUGCGGACGGCAAACAUUACAUUAUCAAUGGAACGAAGAAAUGGAUCACCAACGGCAUCUGGUCAGACUAUGCUACCAUGGCCGUACGUACUGGCGGGAAAGGUCCCACCGGCCUCUCGGUGCUAGUGGUGCCUCUGAAGAACCACCCGGGUGUCAACAUGCGCCGACUCAAAGUCUCCGGGCAGGUCGCCGGAGGCACGACAUACAUCGAACUGGACGACGUCAAAGUUCCCGUCGAGAACCUGGUCGGUAAAGAAGGCGAUGGCAUGCGCAUCAUCAUGACCAACUUCAACCACGAGCGUCUUGUCAUCUCUGUUGGCGUCACUCGCUCGGCACGCGUGGCGCUGUCCGCUGCCUUUUCCUACUGCCUCAAGCGCGAGGCCUUUGGCAAGACGCUCAUGGACCAGCCUGUUGUUCGGCACCGGCUGGCGAAAGCUGGUGCGGAAUUGGAGACGAUGUGGGCGUGGGUUGAGCAGAUUCUGUAUCAGCUGUGUCAUCUCUCCAAAGAGGAGAGUGACCGCCAGCUUGGUGGGCUGACGGCGCUGGCGAAGGCCAAGUCCGCCAUGGUGCUGAAUGAGUGUGCUCAGUGUGCGGUUCUGCUGUUUGGCGGCAACGGUUUCACGAAGACGGGCCAGGGUGAACUUGUUGAAGCUAUUCUGCGCGAUGUCCCUGGGGCACGGAUUCCCGGUGGUUCGGAGGAUGUUUUGCUGGACCUGUCUGUCCGCCAAUUGGUCAAAGUCUACCAGGCUCAGGAGAAGAUGCUCUCCCAGAGCUCGAAGAUUUGA